AUGGACCCGAUGCGACUCGUCGACCCCCGGCACCUCCCGCAACUGAUGCCCCUGGAGGACCGGGAGCCCACCGCGGCGACGGGCACCCUGGGGCCCCGCAACUCCACGCCGGCCGCGGGAGGAGAGGCCCCGCAGCACCACGCCGUGCCCUGGGUGGCCACCCUGCUGGCCGGUGUCCUCAUCGCGACCAUCGUGGUGGAUGUUAUCGGGAACCUGCUGGUCAUCGUCUCUGUGUUCAGGAACAGGAAGCUCAGGAAAGCAGGAAACGCCUUUGUUGUGAGCCUGGCCUUUGCUGACUUGGUGGUUGCCAUCUAUCCCUACCCGCUGGUGCUCACUGCCAUUUUCAACGAUGGUUGGAUUGCCGGCUACAUCCACUGUCAGAUCAGUGGCUUCCUCAUGGGCCUCAGCGUAAUUGGCUCCAUCUUUAACAUCACGGGCAUCGCCAUCAACCGCUACUGCUACAUCUGCCACAGCCUCAAGUAUGACAAGCUCUUCUCCAACAGCAACACCAUGUGCUAUGUUGUGCUCGUCUGGGCGCUCACCAUCCUCGCCAUCGUCCCCAACUGGUUUGUGGAGUCGCUGCAGUACGACCCGCGGGUUUACUCCUGCACCUUCGCCCAGUCCGUCAGUUCACUGUACACCAUCGCCGUGGUGGUGGUGCACUUCAUCUUGCCCAUUGGCAUUGUCAGCUACUGCUACCUGCGUAUCUGGAUUCUGGUCAUCCAGGUGAGGCGGCGGGUCAAGCCAGACUCGAGACCUAAAAUCAAGCCACACGACCUCCGCAACUUCCUCACUAUGUUUGUGGUGUUCGUGCUCUUCGCUGUUUGCUGGGCGCCGCUGAACCUGAUUGGCCUGGCGGUGGCAGUGGACUCCACGCUGGGCCGUGCCAUCCCAGAGUGGCUGUUCACAGCCAGCUACUUCAUGGCGUAUUUUAACAGCUGCCUCAAUGCCGUCGUCUACGGUGUCCUGAACCAUAACUUCAGGAAGGAGUACAAGAGGAUCGUCCUCAUCAUCUUCAAGUUCCACUGCUGAGAUGGAAUACUUGGAAAUGCAGCGAUUUUUAUCUUUAAUGACAUGAAAGAUAAAAAGAACUUUACCCUGACAGGAAAAUAAAAUAGGACUGAUGAAAUGGAAAGAAAGCAAAUAAAGGUACAGUGGAAGGAGGACAACAAGAGCACUGAGUGGGAGAGAAAAAUAGGAGCGCUUUAAUAGCUGCAGGAGGAGAGAUGAAGAGCAGACAAAGUGAAAUAAAUGUUGCCACACUGAGAGUUAUCAGUGAUGCCUUCAGGGAAAC